UCCCCCACCCCCAACCCCGUUAAUUUCCCUCACUCUUCCCGUUUUUCUCGUCAAUCUUCCCCUCUCCUUCUCUCUCCUCUCUCCUCUCUUUUGACUGCGCAACAAGAGCAACAGCGACGAGCUCUCUCUCGCUCGCUUCAAUGUCGAUGGUUGCGUCACCGUGAUUCCUCGUUCGAUUGGCGGGAUUCGCUGAUUUAGGCAUCGGAUUUUUUUUCUCUCUCUUUUGUUACGGGCUCUGAGGAUUCUCAGGUGGAGUUUGAGAAGGCUUUGAGUGCGAGUCGGAAUCUCUCUGUCGUAGACCUUUGGUUUUCGACAUAAGGAGCUUCGUCGGGCUAGGGUUUCGUCGGCAAUGAAGUCUUCUCUUGGGAAGCUUCGGAGAUUCGCCGCACUCCACAAGAACGAUCAGAAGGAGAAGCUGGAGUUUCCGCCUUCAGCUCAGCUCGAUGAACUCGCUCAGGCAUCGAAGGACAUGCAAGCGAUGAGAAAUUGCUAUGAUAGCUUGCUCUCGGCUGCUGCUGCAACAGCAAACAGCGCAUAUGAGUUCUCAGAGUCGCUGCAGGAAAUGGGUACUUGUCUCUUGGAGAAAACUUCACACGGUGAUGGAGAGACUGGUAGAGUUCUGUCAAUGCUGGGACAAGCCCAGUUUGAACUUCAAAAACUUAUCGACAACUAUCGUUCUCAUAUAAUCUUGACAAUUAUAAAUCCAUCAGAAUCUCUUUUCAAUGAACUUCGGACUGUCGAGGAGAUGAAGAGACAAUGCGACGAGAAAAGAGAUGUAUACGAAUUUAUGAUGACGCAACAGAGGGAAAAAGGAAAGUCGAAGAGUGGGAAAGUUGAAAGUUUCAGUUUGCAGCAAAUACAAAGAGCGCAUGAUGAAUGUGAAGAGGAGGCAACACUAUGUGUUUUUCGUUUAAAAUCGUUGAAGCAAGGGCAGUGUCGGAGUCUUCUAACUCAGGCAGCCCGCCACCAUGCUGCUCAGCUAAAUUUUUUCCGGAAGGGUCUAAAAUCCCUCGAGGCAGUUGAACCUCAUGUCAGAAUGGUUACAGAGGAGCAGCAUAUUGAUUACCAAUUUAGUGGACUUGAAGACGACGGUGAAGAUGGUGAAGAUGACAGUGCAGAUGUCUAUGAUGCUAAACAAGACGGGGAAUCAAGUUUUGACUACAGACGAGAUUCUCAGGGCCUGAAUGUCGGUUGGCAAUCAAAGAAUUCAAUGGAGGUGGACGAUGUGAACCUUUCAUAUUUUCAAAGCCCUACUGCGGAAGGUGCAGAGCAGGUGAAUAUUGAAAAAAGCCAAGGGGAUGUCCUUGGUAGAGAAUACAAAAUGGGCAGCCAUUCAGCUCCAAUAAUUCCUGAGAAGAAGUUUGAUCCUGCUGAAAAAGCAAGACACGUGCAGCAAUUAUCUACGCCAAAGUCCAACUCGUACGUGUUGCCUACUCCUGUUGAUGUGAAGAAUCUUCCUUCAAGAACAAAUUAUUCAGCUCCACGGUCUCGGCCAGCCGGCGUUAGUGGACAGAACCCAAAUUUGUGGCACUCUUCUCCAUUGGAGAUAAGAAAGCAAGACCUAAAAGCUGUACCAGAAGUCAGAGAGAGCACUAGUAGUCACAAUGGUUUUGGCCAAUUGCCUCCUCCUCUGAUGGAGGGACCUGUGUAUAAUGCAGAAAAAGUCAAAAGGCAAGCCUUCUCUGGUCCGCUGACACCUAUGCCUAAGAAGCCUGUCCUAAAUGCAAGUGGUCCCAUCUUUCCUUCUCAUGAAGUCCAACUGGUUUCUGGAGUACUUCCACGCUCUGCUCAGCCUUCAUCAUCUCCAAAAGCAUCCCCUACUGCUUCACCUCCUCUUGUUUCUUCUCCAAGGAUAAGUGAGCUUCAUGAGCUUCCUAGACCACCCGGAAAUCUGGCUAUGAAGCCAGUCAAAUCUUCUGUAUUCAUUGGUCACUCUGCUCUAUUAGUGCCCAGAAAUCCGGAGGGUUCUGCAAACAGUAGAAUACCCUCAGCAGCGUCUCCACUUCCACCUCCUCCGUUGAAUAUGCCUCGAAGUUUUUCCAUACCUUCAAGUAGUCAAAGAGCAAUAGGAAUCAAAGUGACCAAGACAGCGGAGUCCCAACAACUUUUAGAAAAAGUGGAAGAAGUAUCUUCGCCUCCAUUAACUCCUAUUUCUAUAGCGAACAUCAAACCAGUUUCAGCUGUUGCUGCCUAUCAGCCUGGUUCUGUGAGAGAUGAAUGAGAUAUGAACUGCAUAUCCAUAGUUUCUUCAACGUUGAGGUGUUCCUCCCUUUUCAACAAAUUUUUGUGCAUGUCCAUAUGACGGCAGAUAAGUUGAAGAACUCGAGGCCUUUCGGGUUUCCCCAUGGACAUUCAGUCAUCCCAUGUGUAACAUUGAGAAUAUAUUUUUAUGAGUUGGUUCAAGUAGUUUUUGGUCAGAAAAAAAGAAUUGGUGAGGAAGUAAGAAAUCCGAUCCUUGAAGUGUCUAGAAUUUCAAGAAAUUUAUCUUCUGUUAUAAUAUAGAGAAUUGAUGUCCUCCCUUUUGUCCUAUGCUUUUAUUUGUCUCUGUGUAGUAGCGCACUGGCGUGCUAAUGGCACUUAGUUAUACAUGCAAUCGGUGUUGUGAAA